AUGCCUCCUGUCACAGCCGUCCCCACGGGCGGCCAGCAUGGCCCGUCUAACUUUGACAAGCUUAAAAUGGGUGCCAUGAUGGGCGGUACUGUCGGGACCAUUAUGGGCUUCAUCUUUGGUACGAACACGGAACAGCAACCCGAUUCCAUGGUUUGCUCGGCAUCUAACAGCAUGACAGGAACCGUCAAUAUCUUUCGAUAUGGCGCUGGUACGCAGGGCAUCAUGAGAACAUUGGGCCAGUAUAUGCUUGUUUCUGGCACUACAUUCGGCUUCUUCAUGUCGAUUGGUUCCGUUAUCCGAUCAGAUGCCGACCCUAAACUGCACGAAUUGUACAUGCGGGCGCAAAGACGACCGAUAGUAAACAUGGCUAGCCCAGCGUGGCGAAAAUCCCCCUGA